GGGCAGGGCUCAGUGUGAGGCGAGCCGUCGAGCGGGUAGGUUGCUGGUGCGCCUUGUGCAGCCGUUAGCUCUUACCGCACCCCGCAGCCGGGACGAGACACCAUGGCUGAUCAACUGACAGAAGAGCAGAUCGCAGAAUUCAAAGAAGCUUUUUCACUAUUUGACAAGGAUGGUGAUGGUACUAUAACUACAAAGGAGUUGGGGACUGUGAUGAGAUCACUUGGUCAGAACCCCACAGAAGCAGAAUUACAGGAUAUGAUCAAUGAAGUAGACGCUGAUGGCAAUGGCACAAUUGACUUCCCAGAGUUUCUGACAAUGAUGGCAAGAAAAAUGAAAGAUACAGAUAGUGAAGAAGAAAUUAGAGAAGCGUUCCGUGUGUUUGACAAGGAUGGUAACGGUUACAUUAGUGCUGCAGAACUUCGUCAUGUGAUGACAAAUCUUGGGGAGAAGCUAACAGAUGAAGAAGUUGAUGAAAUGAUUAGGGAAGCAGACAUUGAUGGUGAUGGUCAAGUAAACUAUGAAGAGUUUGUACAAAUGAUGACAGCGAAGUGAAGACGUUGUACAGAAUGUGUUAAAUUUCUUGUACAAAAUUGUUUAUUUGCCUUUUCUCUGUUUGUAACUUAUCUGUAAAAGGUUUUUCCCUUACUGUCAAAAGAAUAUGCAUGUAUAGUAAUUAGAAGGCCAUUCCUCCAUGUUUUUCUCCUUUAUCUUACUGUCAUUGUUCUGAUUUUUGGAAAAUUGAUCUAAGUAACAAAUGUUGCAUGUGGCUUACUCUGGAUAUUUAAGCCCUUCUGCACAUCUAAUGUUAGAUGGAGUUGGUUCAAUGAGGGAACAUCUGGAUUGUUUAAAAAUAGCUUUCUCUAGAAGACGUAGGUAUGACUAGUGUAACAAGUUACAUAAAGUAAGUUAGGUUUUACCAUGCAUUAGCAGUUCCUUAUUUAAAGCAAGAUGCUGACUCCAGCUUUCCAGUGCACAAGAGUUUAUUCCGCUUCUGCUAAUGGAGAUUAAAGAUUCCUACAGUUGACUGCAGGAUAAAACCACGUGGAUAGCAUAUGUGGCUAAUGCACUGUAGAAAGUAUUCUGACUUACUUCAUAGUAACUUGUUUGUGGCCAUACCUGUAACAUGUUGUUGAAAUGUGGAGUCUUAACAUUGUGGACGAUUGACAGUCAACAAUAUGAAUCUUAAAAGUUGCACUAAUGCAAAACGGGUGUAUUAUCCAGGUACUCGUACACAAUUUUUUUUGUACUGCUGGUCCUGUACCAGGAAACAUUUUCUCCUCUUGUUACUAUGCUUUUUAAACUUUGUUUAGCCACUUAUUUUCAAAAAAAAAAAAAAUCUGCUUAUGGCACGAUUUGCCUCAAAUCCAUUCCAAGUUGUAUAUUUGUUUUCCAAUAAAAAAUUACAAUUUACCCA